AUGUUUGAGGCACCUCUUCCCAUCACUCUUCCUCCCACGGCCGACUUCAAGCACGCAGAUCCUCCUGUCCGCACUCACAACGCCACGCCUACCCAGAUCCUCCAGAACCAGACCCCCGACAACAACACCAGCAGCACAAAGUCGGCUUCCACCAGCUCCCUGCCCGCCAUGUCUAACCUUGCUCCCGAGCCCGAGUUCCAGCAGGCUUACAAUGAGCUGGUCAGCACUCUCGAAAACAGCUCUCUCUUCCAGAAGCACCCCGAGUACAGAACCGCCCUCGAGGUCGCCUCCGUCCCCGAGCGUGUCAUCCAGUUCCGUGUCGUCUGGGAGGAUGACAAGGGCCAGGUCCGCGUCAACCGCGGUUACCGUGUUCAGUUCAACUCGGCUCUCGGUCCUUACAAGGGUGGCCUGCGCUUCCACCCCACUGUCAACCUUUCCAUUCUCAAGUUCCUUGGCUUCGAGCAAGUCUUCAAGAAUGCUCUCACCGGACUGAACAUGGGUGGUGGCAAGGGUGGUGCCGACUUCGACCCCAAGGGCAAGGCUGACGGCGAGAUCCGCCGCUUCUGCCAGGCUUUCAUGCGCGAACUUUCCAAGCACAUUGGUGCCGACACCGACGUUCCCGCUGGCGAUAUUGGCGUGUCCGGCCGCGAGAUCGGCUUCAUGUUUGGCGCCUACCGCCAGGCCCGCAACAAGUGGGAGGGCGUGCUCACCGGCAAGGGCCUCGACUGGGGUGGCAGCCUGAUCCGCCCCGAGGCCACCGGCUAUGGUCUCGUCUACUACGUCGACUACAUGCUGCAGCACGCCGGCCGCGGCAGCUUCGCCGGCAAGCGCGUCGCCAUCUCGGGCUCCGGAAACGUUGCCCAGUACGCCGCGCUCAAGUGCAUGGAGCUCGGCGCCAUUGUCGUCUCGCUCUCCGACUCCAAGGGUACCCUCAUCGCCGAGUCGGCUGAGGGUUUCACGGCCGCUCACGUCGACGAGAUUGCUGCCCUCAAGGUCAAGCGCCAGGCUCUGACGGCCUUUACCACCACCGGCUUCAAGUACCUCGACGGCGCCCGCCCCUGGGUCCACGCCGGCAAGGUCGACGUUGCGCUGCCGUGCGCGACCCAGAACGAGGUCAGCAAGGACGAGGCCGAGGCGCUGGUGGCGGCCGGCGUCAUCGCCGUCGCCGAGGGCUCCAACAUGGGUUGCACCCAGGAAGCCAUUGACGUCUUCGAGGCCGAGCGCGCCGCCAAGGGUGCCCAGGCCAUCUGGUACGCCCCCGGCAAGGCCGCCAACUGCGGCGGUGUCGCCGUCUCUGGCCUCGAGAUGGCCCAGAACAGCCAGCGCCUGAGCUGGACCACCGAGGAAGUGGACGAGAAGCUCAAGGCCAUCAUGAAGGCCGCCUUUGACAACGCCCUCAAGACGGCCGAAGAGUACGUCACCGCCAAGGAGGGUGAGCUGCCCAGCCUCGUUGCCGGCAGCAACAUUGCCGGCUUCGUCAAGGUUGCCCAGGCCAUGCACGACCAAGGCGACUGGUGGGUCCAGUAA